UGCGAUCCUGGGGCAGUGGAGAGUGGCUGCGGCCUCCCCGAGAGCCAUGUUGGCCUGAUGGCAGGCGUUUGGACGUCGGAAGAGUCUAUCUGGGUCGGCUGCAUCAACAGAGCCCGACUCCAGGCCCUCGCCAACGUCGGCGGCAUCGGCGGUUCGCAGCCUUUCUGGAAGGCAGCUCGGGCUCCUGUUGCGACUAUACUCCCCUGACCUAUCUGUUUGCCAAAUCUCACUCCCGCCACAACGCAGUCGUGCGUCAAAACGAUCACAUCCAUUCUGCUCGCAAAGCCCGAAAUCCAAAGCGCCGAUAUUGACCUGGCAUCCGAGCGCGGCCGCAUCAAGUAUAUGCCGGAUGUAUGCUCGCCCGAAGACAUUGUCGAUGCUAUCGAGUCGUGUGGGUUUGACGCCCGCCUGGUCAACGACUCAGGUCACACCCCUGCAGCGGCCUCGCAGGCAACCAUCGCAGCCGAGAUAUCGGUUGAGGGAAUGACAUGCCAGUCGUGCGUCCAAACCAUCACCGCAGUGGUGUCCCAGAUCCCGGGCGUGCAGACAGUCAUCGUCUCGCUCGAGAACAACCUCGCCUCGGUGACACUUGACUCUUCCUUGACUAGUGCCCAGGCCGUCAUCGAUGCGAUCGAGGACUGUGGCUUUGAGGCCAAGCCCAAGGAGACUGGGGCACCAACACAGACGACCCCAAAGCCAGCCCCUGCCGUCCGGCAUGCACCGAGCUCCUCGACUCUCCACGAAUCCUUUGUCAUCGACAUGUCCAAUGCCAAGGCCAACGAGGAGCUGGUCAACCUCCAGGUGCGCGGCAUGACCUGCGCCAGCUGCGUCAUGCGCAUCGAGGACCACCUCAAGCUACUCCCCGGCAUCAUCGAGUGCCGAGUUGCGCUGCUCUCGGAGCGCGCACAGGUGAAAUUCGACACCAGUCUUGCCACUGCAUCGGUGGUCGAGGACGCGAUCAAUGAAAUCGGCUUCGAGGCGACGAUCAUUGUCCAAAACGCGGCCGGAAGCGUGGACCUGCGCAUCCUUGGAAUGACAUGCGCCAGCUGCUCCGGAAAGAUUGAGCGGGAAAUCUCAAAGCUGCCGGGCAUCAAGUCUAUAGCAGUCAAUCUCCUGGGCCAGAGCGGCCACGUCGAGUUUGACAAGAGUGUCGUUGGCGUGCGCACCAUUGCCGAGAAGAUCGAGGAGCUCGGUUUCAGCGUCCUCACGGCGGACUUUGAGACCAAUGCGCAGAUCGAGUCCCUGGAGCGCACCCAGGAAAUCCAAGAAUGGCGGAGAGCCUUCUGGCGGUCCUGUGCCUUUGCCCUCCCGGUCUCCAUCAUCUCGAUGGUGCUGCCCAGGGUCACGCCGGAGAUUAUCAAGUAUCCCAUCCUCGGCUGCAGCGCAGGCAACCUGGUGAUGCUGAUCCUCACCAUCCCGGUGCAGUUUGGCAUUGGCCAGCGAUUCUACCGGGCGGCCUACAAGGCCGUCUCCCACAAUACCUACACCAUGGAUGUGCUCAUUACCCUGGGCACCUCGAUCGCCUUUGCGUAUUCCGCGCUGUCCAUGUUCUUUGGGGCACUGCGGAACACGCCUGACGAGCCCGUGUUUUUCGAAACGUCGACGACCCUGAUCACCUUUAUUUUGCUGGGCCGGUACCUCGAAAAUCUGGCCAAAGGCCGGACCUCCAGCGCCCUCAGCAAGCUCAUGUCGCUCACGCCGCGCAAUGCUCUCCUCCUCGCCCAGGAUAGCAAGACCGGCGUUUGGUCUGAGCGAGAGAUUCCAAACGAGUACAUCCAAGUCGGCGACACGCUCAAGGUCCUCCCGGGCGAGCGCAUCCCCACCGACGGCACGAUCGAGUUUGGACAGUCGAGCGUCGACGAGUCGCUGAUUACGGGCGAGCCCGUUCCGAUCCGAAAGAAGAUCGGCGACAGUGUCAUCGGCGGCACGGUCAAUGGAAUGGGCCUGCUUCACAUCCGAGCAACCCGUGUUGGGUCCGACACGGCUCUGUCGCAGAUCAUCAAGCUGGUCAACCAGGCCCAGACCUCCAAGGCCCCGAUCCAAAACAUUGCCGACCAGGUGGCGGGCUACUUUGUGCCUGUCGUCAUCGGCCUCGGCGUGGUGACGCUCGUGUUCUGGUACAUGUGCAUGAGCAUGAUGCACUGGGUCCCCGGAGCCUUCCCGCUGAACUCGUCACCGAUGGUGAUUGCCUUGAACCUGUCGAUUUCGGUGAUCGUAGUGGCCUGCCCGUGUGCCCUGGGAUUGGCCACCCCUACGGCCGUCAUGGUCGGAACGGGCGUGGGUGCGCACCACGGCAUCCUGAUCAAGGGCGGCGGGCCUCUGGAAGUCACUCACCGAGUGACCAAGAUCAUCUUCGACAAGACGGGCACACUGACCUGGGGCAAGCUCUGUGUUGUGGCCCACCGUAUCUUCAUGUCGACCCAGGACGACAAGUCCAAGUUCAUGGGCGAUCCGCGGUUCUUUGGCAUCAUUGGAGCAGCCGAGUCCGGCAGCGAGCACCCCGUGGGCAAGUCGAUCGCUCAGCAUGGCAAGGAGUAUCUGCACAUCACCAACUAUCAAAACAGCCACGAAAUCGAAGACGUGGAGGCCGUGCCUGGCCUCGGCAUCCAGUGCACUGUCAAGGUCAAGGGCACGGUCGAGGAGCGUGUCCGCGUCCGGAUCGGCAACGAGGCCUUCAUGCGCCAAUCCGGAAUCACCAUGGUUCCGGAGAGCAUUGAGAGCAUGGAGUACCACGAAGGCAUGGGCCGGACGGUCGUCUUUGUGUCGUUCGACGACCGGCUGACGGGUCUCGUGGCGCUCUCGGAUGCAGUCCGCCCCGAGGCCAUCACGGCGGUCAAGGCGCUGCAGAAGAUGGGGAUCCAGGUGGCCAUGGUAACGGGCGACCAGGCCUUGACGGCCAACGUCAUUGCGCGCGAAUGCGGCAUCACCGAGGUCCACGCGGGCAUCUCCCCAGCUGGCAAGAAGAACAUUGUCGAGAAGUUCCAGACACAGGACGGGUUUGUCGUCGCCAUGGUUGGCGACGGUGUGAAUGACUCUGCAAGUUUGGCCCAGGCCGACCUCGGCAUUGCCGUCUAUGGCGGAACAGAUGUGGCUCUGGAGGCCGCCAGCAUUGUGCUGAUGCGCCCGGACCUGACAGAUGUUGUGACGGCCCUGGACCUGGGCCGGGUCAUCUUCAAGCGCAUCAAGGUUAACUUUUUGUGGGCAACGAUCUACAACAUCCUGAUGAUCCCCUGGGCUAUGGGCGUAACCCUCCCCUUCCACGGGCCCCCGCUGCACCCGAUGGUCGCGGGCAUGGCCAUGUCGCUGUCGUCGGUGAGCGUCGUGAUCUCGUCGCUGCUGCUGAAGCGAUACCGCCGACCACGAUUCGACCGCGAGGGCAACGUUGUCUCGCACGACGAGCCCAUCGAGGAAGAAGAUGAAGAAAUCAUGACCCUGAACAGCGCCUUUGGUGACGGUGAGGAAGAUGGCCUCGACGAUGACGACGACGACGACGAGAACCAGCUGAUUCCAGGAGGCAUUCCCAUGGUGCCAACCAAGCCCGUCCUGGUGCCUCAAGACGACAUGCCGGCUCGACGCCGCACCAAGCCCUCGGGCCGCAGCAACCAGCACCAAGGCGGAUGGAGGAACCUGAGCUGGAUCAGCCGCGCAAGGGGCUGGCUGCAGGGCAACAGAUAUGGCAAGCUUGCAAAUGUGGAGCAAUAAUCGGUGCAGCUCCUUCUAUCGUUUCUCCCUCUCUUCCCCUUUCCUCUUCAUGUGCUUGUGCCGUCGUCGGCUUAUUGUCGGUGCGAUUGAUCCUCAAAGAGGCAAAUGCCAGCCUUGCAUGGCCCUUGCGCGAACCACAAGACACCCUGGUGUCUGGAGCCAUCGCAGCGACAAUUCAGCAGUAAUCAUUACAAGACCACCCCGCUGCUGCCACCUAUCGUCGGUGGUAAUAUCUGUCUUGGGAAGCACGGGUCUU